AUGGAUGAAAUCUUUCCUCAAACUGGUCAAGUCUCGGUUCCCAUCUCCAACUUAUUUGAAUUAUAUAUGAAGCUCUUUGAUGACCCGGAAACUGCUAUUCUCUUUGAAGCGAAAGCGGUUGACAACAAAGUAGAUGAUCUGAAAAAGGUAAUUGACGAAGCUGCUAAAAUCACGGAAAGCGAAACUUCAAGUUCAAGCGGAUCUCAAGAAUCUACAACAUCUCAAGAGCCAAAAGUAAAUGCUGAACUGGAUCCCUCCUAUGAUCCAAAUUACCCUCCCCUCACUAAAUGGACAAAAGGUCAUCCAAAAACCCAAAUCAUUGGUGAAUCAUCAGAAAGAGUUCUUACACGUUUUCAACUGAAAGCGAAGCAAAUUGCAUUAUUCUCUCAAGUGGAAUUCUGCAUGUUAAAUUCGUUUGACUCCAAAGUUGAACCAAAGACUAUUAAUACUGCACUCGAUCACUCAGAUUGGGUACAAGCAAUGCAAGACGAACUCAAUGAAUUUGAGCGAAACAAAGUAUGGAGAUUGAUUCCUACACCUAAGGAUGCAUCUAUGGUUGGAUUAAAGUGGGUUUUCAGAAACAAGAUGCAAAAAUAA